AUGGGUUGUGUUUCAUCGACACUGCUAAACCACGAUGACGAUUUCUCCCAAAUCGGUCGCUCAACAGCUUUCAGUCACCACAUCGUGUCCCUUACCUCCACUACUUACGGUCUCUUGACCCUCGACCCGCCUAAGUCCGACACAGACCACGAUUCUGCUACUGCCACUGUCGAUCCUACUCCUAUCCCACCUCCGCGUUUCACACUUGAAACCAUUAAUUCAAGGGACCUCAUGUCUGGCCUUGAUUCCGAUCGCAUUCCCAGCUUCCGUUUUUCCACUUUACCAUUUCAUCCGGUUUCUGAUCAUACCGAGUUCUGGCGAGGAAAUGAGGAAAAUUUCAAUCCGAAUGUUGUUAUUAAGUCCUCCAACGAUAUCAAUGUUAGGAGAAAGUAUUCUUUUUCUGAUGAUUUUAAUUAUAGUCAUUUGCUCGAGGGAUUUGAAAAGACUUGCCCGCCAAAUGGGGAAAAUAAAGUGGUGAUCUAUACGACGACGUUGAGGGGUGUCAGGAAGACUUUUGAAGAUUGCAAUGCUGUUAGAUCGGCAAUUGAGGGGGUUGGUGUUGUGGUUUGUGAGAGGGAUAUUUCCAUGGACAGGGGCUUCAGGGAUGAAUUGAGGGAGCUGAUGAAGGGGAAGGAGAAGAGUGAGUUGAUACCCCCAAGAGUGUUUGUGAAAGGGAAGUACAUAGGCGGAAUUGAUGAGGUGAUGAAAAUAGUGGACGAUGGGUCUUUAGGAGAGUUACUUCAGGGAUUGCCUAAAACGAGAUGCGGAUAUGUGUGUGAGGGGUGUGCUGGUGUAAGGUUCUUGCCGUGCUUUAGGUGUAAUGGGAGUUGUAAGAUGGUUGUGGCGAUCAACCAAGGAGCAGACGUGGAUGGGAAACAAGGGAAGAAGACCAUGGUGUUAAGGUGUAGUGAUUGUAAUGAAAAUGGAUUGGUACUCUGCCCUAUUUGUAUCUGA